AUGUCUCAACUCGCCGUUGCAACAAAGGCCAACAAUGCCUUCCUCUUACCAACCCUUCUUGCUGUCAAUCAUGUCAAGCAGACCCUCCCGGGCACUGACAUCACCGUCGUGUUCGAGGAUGUGGAGUCAAUUGGAUCCCAAGGUGCAAAGCUGGAGCUUAAGACGGACGAUGGGAAGACAAUUUACGAUGACGAUAUCUUAAAACAUCUGGAGAAUAUAUAUGCGCCUCUGCAAGCUGGGGACAAGGAGCAGGUCGAUGAAUGGGUGAAGAGAUCAGUUGCUUUGAGGCCAUUGGACUUCAAAGCAUUGGACAAGCCAAUGAAGGAGCUCGAUUCCCACCUUACCCUGCGAUCGCACAUCGUUGGCUAUUCUCUUACCUUGGCAGAUAUUGCCGUCUGGGGAACCCUUCGUGGAAAUAGAAUCGCCAUAUCAAGCAUCAGAAAAGCUGCGACAACCACCAACCGCUGGUUCGCAUUCAUCGAAGCAGCCUAUCCCUGGGUGAACAUUGCUGUGGCUGAGUUGAGUGCUAGUUCUCAGAAGAGAAAGGCCGCGGCAAGUGCCGCUGGUGGAAGCUACAACAUCGGUCUCCAGAAUGUGGAAAACGGUGUAGUGACCCGGUUCCCACCGGAGCCAUCGGGGUAUCUGCAUAUCGGACAUGCGAAAGCAGCGCUUUUGAACGAUUACUUCGCCCAUGAACAAUACAAAGGCACCAUGAUUUGUCGAUUCGAUGAUACCAAUCCCUCCAAGGAGAAUCAGGAGUUCGAGGAUGCGAUCAAGCAUGAUUUAUCCCUGUUGGGUAUUUAUCCGGACAAAACCUCUUUCUCUAGUGAUUAUUUCCAGGAAAUGUACGAAUACUGUGUCAAAAUUAUCAGUGAUGGAAGUGAUGCCAGAAUGAGCGGUUCAGAGGUGUUGAGAGCAAGCGCCGUAACGAAAAGCGUGGAGGACAACUUGGCACGGUUUGCUGAAAUGAAAACCGGCUCAGUUGAAGGCCAGCGUUGGUGUAUCCGUGCAAAGAUCUCGGUUGACGACUUGAACAAAGCACUUAGAGAUCCGGUCAUCUACCGCUGCAACCUGGAGCCACACCAUCGGACUGGUAGCACAUGGAAAAUCUAUCCGACCUAUGAUUUUUGUGUUCCUAUCCUGGACUCCUUGGAGGGUGUGACCCACGCAUUGCGAACCACUGAGUACGGUGAUCGGAACGCACAAUAUGCCUGGAUGCAGGAGGCUCUUGGCAUUCGCAAAGUCCAUAUCUGGGACUUCUCGCGUGUAAACUUCAUUCGUGCAGUGUUGUCGAAGAGAAAGCUCACGAAGUUGGUCGACGAGGGCGUCGUAUGGGGGUGGGACGAUCCACGCAUGCCUACGAUCCGGGGUAUCAGACGACGCGGUAUGACUGUACCUGCCCUGCGUGAAUUUAUCCUCAAACAAGGCCCCAGCCGAAACAUCGUAAAUCUUGACUGGACGCUUUUCUGGGCGACUAACCGCAAGUAUAUCGAUCCUGUGGCCCCGCGUCAUACCGCUGUUGACAAGCAGGACGUGGUCCCGGCUACCGUCGGCGGGAUUGAUGGUGUGCAAAGCGCUGAUAAACCAAAACACGGCAAGAAUCCAGAGCUGGGCUCUAAGAAAGUAAUCUACAGUAGCAAAAUCCUCCUCGACCAGGUGGACGCCGCCACCUUCCAACCAGACGAGGAGAUCACCCUGAUGAACUGGGGCAAUGCAAUCGUACGAAAGAUCAACAGCGAUCCGGCCACGGGCAAGAUCAACGGCCUCGAGUUGGAGUUGCAUUUAGCCGGCGACGUUAAGAAGACGGAUAAGAAGGUCACAUGGCUGGCGAAGGAGGGCCAGGAUCUCGUCCCUGUCGAGCUCGUGGACUUUGACUACCUCAUCACCAAGGAUAAGAUCGAGAAGGAUGAGGACAUACAUGACUUUUUGACGCCGCAGACGGAGUUCCGCUCUGAAGCGUUUGCGGAUUGCAAUGUGGCUGGGUUGGCGGAGGGGGAUAUUAUUCAGUUUUGA